AUGUCUUGGAAGCUUGGACGUGGCAAGAAAGCCUCCUUCACUAACCUCCGCUCCACCACUCCGACUCCUUCUAACCCAGACGGUGCAGGCAAACCCAGUGCCAGAUCCGGGCUGCUUGCUAUUCGAGUCCUCUGGGCUGAAGGCCUCAGCAUUCCACCGGGUACUGCACUUCCUCCUGCUGUUCAGAAUGCUUUGGUGUCCCAGCAAGCCAAGGUAGCUGCUUCCGUCUCCCCUUCCAGCGUGCAGCAGCAUCGACUGGCGCGGUCUAAAGGAAACAGGGACAGCAUUCAGCGUACGCAAUGCUGGUGGCUCCCGUACCUUGUAAUGGAAUAUGAGGUCAAUCAGGUACUCAUAACUCCCCUUGGCGGUGAACUCGACAAGCCUCUAUACAUGUACCAGGCUCACUUUGAUGUUUCCCGUAAUUCGGAACUUUCCCUCCAAUGCUACCUGCGCGCUGACGAACCCAAACGUGGAGGAGACGGUCUCGCAGAUGACCUUGGGAACGACGUUUUCUUGGGAGGAAUCAAGUUCGUCCCAGAUUUCGAGAACAUGGGGACUGAGGACCGCUGGUACGAGGUUGUCGGUGGGUCUGGGAAGAUCCAAAUUGGUGUUUCAUAUCAGCCUCAUUAUGGUGGUUCCUUGACCAUUGAUGAAUUCGAGCUCAUCACUGUCAUUGGCAAGGGUAGUUUCGGAAAGGUCAUGCAGGUCCGCAAACGGGAUACCUCGCGAAUCUAUGCAUUAAAGACCAUCCGCAAGGCUCAUAUCGUCCACCGCAACGAGAUCACCCACACCUUAGCUGAGCGCCUAGUACUGGCACAAGUAAAUAGUCCUUUCAUCGUACCGCUCAAAUUUAGCUUUCAGUCGGAACAGAAGCUGUAUCUUGUCUUAGCAUUUGUAAACGGCGGCGAAUUGUUCCACCAUCUUCAGAGGGAACAACGUUUCAAUGAAGAGCGUGCUAGAUUUUAUAGCGCUGAGCUACUUCUGGCUCUAGAGCAUCUGCAUGAACUCGAUGUUGUUUAUCGUGAUUUGAAGCCGGAAAACAUUUUGUUAGACUUCACUGGCCACAUUGCUCUAUGUGACUUCGGCUUGUGCAAGCUGAACAUGAAGGCAAAUGAUAAGACAAACACCUUUUGUGGCACUCCCGAAUAUCUUGCUCCGGAAAUCCUAUGUGGUCAAGGAUACAACAAAACCAUCGAUUGGUGGACCUUGGGAGUUCUCUUGUACGAAAUGCUCGCUGGGCUUCCCCCGUUCUACGAUGAUAAUACAGACAGUAUGUAUCAAAAGAUCCUGAACGACCCCCUUGUUUUUGGGCCUGAGAUUAGCUCUGAAGCCCAGAGCAUACUCACUGGACUGCUUACUCGUGAUCCCACUCGUCGGCUUGGAGUCAAUGGCGCUGAAGAAAUCAAAAAACAUCCAUUCUUUGUAAAUCACAUCGACUUUGAGCUGUUGGCCCGCAAGAAGAUACAUCCCCCGUUCAAGCCCAGUGUGGCCAGUCCUGUGGAUGUGUCUAACUUUGAUACUGUGUUUACCGCGGAAGCGCCGGUUGACAGUUUCGUAGAGGACUCAAACUUGAGCCAGACUGUUCAAGCUCGGUUCACCGGGUUUUCUUACAACGGUACUAACAUUCCUAUCAGUCCAGUAUAA